AUGAGCUCCUUUGAGAAGUCCGUCAAGGGGGCGACCAAGAUCAAGAAUGCUCCCCCAAAGACCAAGUACAUCGAGCACAUUCUAGUUGGCACUCACUCCGGCGAGGCUGGCGUAGCCGAGGUCCUCCGCGCGCUGCAGAACCGGCUGCACGACUCAACAUGGACCGUCGUCUUCAAGAGUCUGAUGACGGUUCACCUCAUGAUCCGUGAGGGGUCUCCCGAGGCGACGCUGGCCUACCUUGCUCGACACCGGAACAUGCUGGCGAUAAGCAACUUUGCAGACGCGCAAACCCAAGGUCGAAACAUCCGCCACUAUGCGAAUUACCUCAUCGAGCGAGUGCGCGCGUAUCGCGACACAAAGACCGACUGGGUGCGCGCCCCAGAGUCGAGGCUGGAGAGGCUCACUGUCGAGAAGGGCCUGUUGCGCGAGACGGAAGUUGUCCAGCACCAGCUCACGGCCUUGUUGAAAUGCGACCUCCUGGACCAGGAACCAGAGACGGAAAUCACGAUUGCGGUGUUCCGAUUGCUCGUCCUCGAUCUCCUACCGCUCUUCCAGGUUUUGAACCAGGGCCUCAUUAACAUCUUGGGCCACUUCUUCGAAAUGUCCAAGCCGGAUGCCGACAGAGCUAUGGAAAUCUAUCGGACCUUCACCAAGCAGACCGACUAUGUCGUCCAGUAUCUCAGCACCGCCAAGCAGUGGCAGCACCACACGAGAGUCGAGGUCCCCAAGCUGAAGCAUGCGCCCGUCAACCUUGGCCGCCAGCUUGAGGAAUAUCUCAAUGACCCGGAUUUCGAGAUUCACCGGCGGCAGUACUUGGCAGAGCAGGAGGCAAAGAAGGGCAACAAGGUAUCCAAGUCCAAGGCGACCAAGAGCGGCGUCGACUUUCCCAAGGCGCCUUCUCCCGCAGCCAACAAUCCGUUCCCGGCCCCCGGCAGCGGAAAUGCGCCGGCCAAGGUCGAGUCGAAGCCUCAAGCCAACAAGGGCCCGGAUCCCGAUCUCAUCGACUUCUUCGACUCAAUCGAGCAGAACCAGAUCCCGAUGCAGGUCACCUCCAACGGCGCCCAGAUGCCAGUGCCCUUGCAAGGACCGGAUUUGGCUUUCCAGGCGCAACAAGCCGGGCUUGGCUUCCAGCCAAACAGCUUUGUCCAGCAGCCCGGAGGCUUUAUCCAGGGCAACGCGUUUCCUCAGCCAGACAAUGGAUUCAUGCAGCCCCCGCCGCAGCUGCAGCCGACCAUUACCGGGUUCAGCGGCUUUGGGCCGCAGCAGGACUUCCAGCACAAUCCCCUGGGCCCUAUUCCGCAGAAUACCGUUGCCAACUUCCAGCCUCCGGCCCAACAGCCUGUUGGCCUUCAGCCCACGGGACUCCAGCCUUCACUGGCCGCUCCGCAGACGACCAACCCCUUCCGCCAGUCUAUGCUGGUAGCGCAACCGACGUCGUCUUCGUCUCAGCUGUCAACGCCGACGUCCAGCACGCCAACCCUCAACCGCCAGUCGACGAACCCUUUUGCCCGAUCGACCAACUCACCAGGGCAGAACACGAGCCCGUUCCAGGCUCAACCCAUUCAGCCUCAGCCUACGAGCACCAACCCCUUUGCCCGUAACGCUGCCGCCGAAGCACCGGCGCAGCAGCAGGUCCAGGGUCAACAGCCGUCCUCUUCGCUUGCUCCACAGCCGACUGGCGUCACGAACCCGUUCCGACAAGGCGCGUUUGUCAACCACACCACCGGCAUGGGCUGGCAGCACAACCAGACUCCGAUUGGUGGCGGCCUCGACCAUAUCCAGACGGUGCCGGUGUUCCCUCGCCCAGCACAGCAGACGCCCUGGCAGCAAUGA